UGUGUCUCUGGUAUCUCUGAGCACAGUGGAGUUUGGACAUUUUCCAUCAGUGAUAGGUAAACACACACUUUGACCUGAACUUGGAAAAAUUCACUCGGACACAAGAGCCUCAUUGGACCCUUUGAGAAUCUUUUGGAGCAAUCUCAGGAGUUAAGAGGAGCCCUCACACACUCGUUUGUCCUCCGUUUGGUCCUCGGCACUGAAACAUGAGCACUUUUGUGACUCUCUCAUCAGGGCAGAGGAUGCCUCUGGUUGGCCUCGGCACGUGGAAGAGUGCUCCAGGUCAGGUGAAGCAGGCGGUGCUGGCAGCUUUAGACUGUGGCUACAGACAUAUUGACUGUGCGGCUGUGUACGGCAACGAACAGGAGGUUGGAGAUGCUUUGGCUCUUCGGGUGGGUCCAGGGAAGGCUCUGCCGCGUGACGAGGUGUUUCUGACUUCCAAACUCUGGAACACCAAACAUGAUCCCAAGGAUGUUGAAGAGGCAUGCAGGUCCAGUCUGACCCACCUGGGUCUCUCCUACCUGGAUCUCUACCUCAUGCACUGGCCCAUGGCCUUUAAGAGAGGGAAGGAGCUAAUGCCUCGACGAGACGAUGGGAGUAUCUGUUACUCUGACACUCACUACAGAGAUACUUGGAAGGCCAUGGAGAACCUUGUAGAUAAAGGUCUGGUCAAGGCUAUCGGGCUGUCCAACUUCAACGCAAGGCAGGUAGAUGACAUCAUCACCAUUGCCAGGCACAAACCUGUGGUGAACCAGGUGGAGUGCCACCCUUAUCUGUCUCAAGCAGACCUCCUGUCACACUGUCGGUCUUUAGCGGUUUGUGUGACAGCCUACAGUCCUCUGGGCAGUGGAGACAGACCCUGGGCUUCUCCUGAUGAGCCUAGUCUGCUGGCAGAUCAGGAACUUGGCGCCAUCGCUGAGAGGUACCAGAAAUCUCCUGCUCAGGUGAUACUCAGGUGGAACAUCCAGAGGGGGGUGGUGUGCAUCCCUAAAAGUGUGACGGCCUCCAGGAUCCAGGAGAAUUUAAGGGUGUUUGAUUUUUCCUUGUGUCCGGCAGACAUGAAACUGAUUGACUCCUUUAACUGCAACACACGUUUUAUUAUCCCAACAGUGGAGAAGAACGGCAAGAAAGUGUGGAGGGAUGGAGAACAUCCUCAUUUUCCCUUCCAUGAUCCUUACUGAGCCUUCAAGAAACACAUUCAAGGUGAUUCUCAAAUAGAUGACAUGGAAAAAUAAAUGAAACUGAACCUCAAUCAGAAUUGGUGUCGUCUUUCUUCCAGUGUGACACGUUUCGCAAAAUUGAUUGAAAACAUGUUUAGUUUGACGUUUAUAUAUAUAUAAAAAAGGUUAUGGUGAGAGCGACACUAUGUGGCCAAAGACAGAACUGCCUCUCAGCCACCAGUUAUUUAAAGAUUCCUACACGAUCCAACUCGGUUUCAUUACUCGGUGAUAGAUCUAGUUCUAGAUAGUUUCUGUACCUUUUGGUUAUGACUUCUAGUGAAUUAAAUUCCCCCAAAAAACUUUGAAUAUCACAUUAAAACCAAGGAAUGUUUGCACCAAAAUGUAAACCUACAAAAGUAUGUCCAUGUCCUCCACAGUAUUGGUUAGUUCUCCUUUUAUGUGAAUUAUUGCAUCAGUGGUAAGUAGCGUGGAGAUGAUUAGCCUGAUGUUCUGCUGAGGCGUUAGAAAGGUUCAACUUGCAUCACAAGCACCCUUUUGCUACACCAUAUUGGAAGUAAGGAGAAACCAAGUUGGAAUAUUAACUCAGGGUCUCUAAAGCAGAGUUAAGCUUUUUUUUAAGCUUAACUCCAAAGUUCCUGAUGGAUGACUGUGCCGUGGAUGGAUGACUUUGUACUUGAUAAAACAAAGAAAACAAAAGACAUGGCAUCCUAAUAGAUUUAAAUUGCAAUAAAAUCUAAAGUCAAGCCUUAAAAACCUUUAAACUAAUCUAAACAAACAGCAGAGAGACCUUAGUAACGCCUCCAUUUAGUGAGAUUUUAUUUGCAACAACAUAACCUUGACAAAUUUGUAAUACAUUAUAUGCUACUGUUUAUUUAAAAAAAAAACAAAAAGAAAAAAACGUCAUCAGCAAUGUUUUUCAUUCAGAGUCUAACAGAAAUCCCCAUCACUAUAGCCAUUCCUGUAUUUUUUGAGAUAUACUGACAAUGAAGCCACUGAAAAAAAAAA